AUGCCACGUAAGCUACGUAAGAAUAUACGUAAGAGGAAGGGAGCAUUGAAACAUCCAAUAGUAAAACUGACACCACAACAACAGUUGCAACAACAAAUUAUGAAUGACCCCACUAUGUUGCAACAAAUGUCAAGCAACCCUAUGCUUUUAAACCGAGUUAUAGGUGCACAGAGUGGAGGUUUAAGAGCGGCACUUUUAGCGAAAAUGGCAGGCUAUGGUGGAGCUGCAGACGGAACAGCCUAUAACCCUCAAAGUCAAAUGAAUUUGAGUUCACUCAAAAAUCAAAUAACAGAUGUCAAAAAGUCAAACAUAGACAUACAGAAACAAAUAAGUGAAAACGAAAAGAAACUAGAAUAUGACAGACACACAAAGAAACUCAAUGAGUUAAACGUAGAGAAAAGAAGAAAGAAGAACAACUGA